AUAGGGUAGCUCACACAUCUCAGUUCAUCCCAGCAGCAGUCUUGUUGAGAGUGUUCUAUAGCCAGAAACACAGAGAGGUGAGAAGAAGAAGAUGUCUUGCUGUGGUGGAAAUUGUGGAUGUGGCUCUGGGUGCAAGUGUGGCAAUGGGUGUGGGGGGUGCAAGAUGUACCCGGAAAUAAGCAUGUUCAGCGAGAGAACAGUUGAAUCCAGGAUCGUAGAUGUAUCCUCAGAAACUGGAUAUGAGGAGGUGUUUGAAGGAGCCAUGGUUACGAAUGGAGGAUGCAACUGUGGCCCCAAGUGCAGCUGCCCCAACUGCGGCUGCAAUAAAUGAACCAACUUCCCACCAUGGCAAUGUUUACUCCUGCUAGUAGAACCAAGCAAUAAUGAGAAAAGGAGUCAUCUUUGUCACUUGGGUAUCACUUGUCUGUAGUUGGAAAUACUCCUCUCUGUACUUUCUGAAGACCAGUGAUUAUGAAUAAAGAACUUCCACUUGUCGUUUCAA